UUUAAAAGAAAUGAGUACAUUAACUGGACUCGUUUCUUGUGCAAUUUCUUCCCUUUGUUUUGGUUCUAUGUAUGUGGGUGUAAGAGUUGCUGGGGAUCCUGGUGAUGGAAUGGUUGUUCAGUGGAUUGUUAGUUUAUAUUUUGAGUUUAUUUUUGGAAAUUUGAUUGUUUUUGGGUUUGCUCUGCAAUAUUUCUGUCUGGAGUUGUUACGUAACACGAGGCGAGUUCUUUUUGGCCUGGUCCUUUAUUGUCCCUUUGUUUCUUUUAAGAAUUCUAGUGAGAAGUAUAUCGCUACUGGAGCACCUCCUUUUCAACCUUUGGCAAUGCUUGGUGGACUUCUUUGGGCUAUUGGCAAUUUAACAGCUAUUCCAAUAAUUAAAACAAUUGGUUUAGGAAUGGGUAUUUUAAUUUGGGGAACUGUUAACUGUGUUGUUGGUUGGGCAACUGGACGUUUUGGACUUUUUGGGGUAAAUGCAAGUACUCCUAGCUCUCCUAAUUUGAAUUAUCUUGGACUUGUUUUUGUUAUUGUUGGAACUUGGCCUACCAGAAUCGAAACUUCCGGAGAAACACUAGUGCUUCGAGGUAGAACAACAAAGGCUUUUGAAUUAAAAAAAUUUUUUUUAAUCUUCCCAAAAUUUCCAAAAUUAAAUAUCGUCAUUUUUCAAAUUUUUAGAGGAAUUCUUUUUGCAUUUGUCCGCCCCAAACCUCCCCUUACACCAAAAAGAGAUUCACUCCAACAAGGCUCUCCAAUAAUUAUAAGACGUGAAGAACCCCAAAAUACAAAUAUUGAAGAAGGGGAAAGUUUGGUAGAACAACAAAUAGAUGAAGAAGAAAGAGUAAAUAUUGAAACAACAGAAAAUAAUAUUAAUUUAAGUAUAAUUAAUUCUGAUGGAAUGAAAAAACGGAUAUUAGCUGUUGUAGCUUCUAUUUUUGCUGGUAUUGGCUAUGGAUCGACUUUUACUCCAGUAAUAUAUAUUCAAGACAAUCCUCAACAUUUCAAAAAUCCUUCCAAAAAUGCAAUAGAUUAUGUAUUUUCACAUUUUACUGGAAUUUAUUUAACAUCAACAUUUGUUCUACUUAUUUAUAUUGCUUAUAAACAAAAUAAACCUUAUAUGGAUAAUGCUUUAGUAUUCCCUUCUUUAUUGGCCGGUGUUUUGUGGGCAGUGGCUAUGCUUGCUUGGUUUUUGGCUAAUGAUAUUUUAUCACAAGCAAUAACCUUUCCAAUUAAUGCAACUUUGCCUGGUUUAAUAGCCAGUUUAUGGUCUGUUUUUUAUUUUAAAGAAAUUGAAAUGGAGGAUUUGAAAUUACUUUUAUCUGCUGUUUGUGUUACUAUUUUUGGAGUUACACUUGUUGGACUUUCAAAGACUAUUUAA